AUGCCUGAGCUUGACAUAUUACCUUUAAUUCACUGCACACCCGAAGACAAUAAAUCUAUGUGGAAGAAGCUCAUUUACAGAACAAUGGAUAGAAAUGCUUACUCGGCGCUUCAAAUGGAGCAAUGGGAGGAGGAUGCAAGGUUUCUCCACCAACCUUUGUAUUUUAGAGGUCAAACCAGCAGCAAUCCUGCAGUAUAUAAAACAUGCAAAAAUAUAUAUAGAAGACCUGGGGUUAGAUCAGAGAGACUUUUAGAUAUUGCUUGUGAUGAAGCUAUUCCAAUG